UCGCCAGAUUUUCGGUGUGGACUGUAGUGGAGAUUUUUGGAGGCUGAGAUAGUGGGACGUACGUUAUUUUUUGGAGGAGAACCGAGUGAGAGGCCACGUUUGGAAAAGUUCCCCGCACGCAUCGUUGAAAAACCACAAACAGGUUGACGUGUCACCAUGACGACAGAAGCGGGCUCUGAGACAGAGGUGAAGGAGAAAGCUGAGGAGUCCGCCACUCAGCCGGACCAGUCAGAGAAGGCCGCAGAAGAGACCAAGGAAGUAACCAACGCUGAAGGAGAGGAGAAGGACAAAGAGAAGGAGAAAGAGGGGAAAGAGGGAAAGGGAAUCGCUCGAUACCUGCCAACAUGGCUUAAGAAGCAAAAGUCUCAGAGCCAGACCUCCCCUACCAAGGAGGUCCCACCCACAGAGGAAGCUGUAAGCAAGGCGACACAGGAAGAGGACGGGCCUGCCCCAGAAGUGAACGGUCACGCAGAGGAAGUGGAAGAGAAGGAGGCAGUAAAGUCGGAGCAAGUGAAGGAACAAGAAGCAGAAUCUCAUUCCACCAACAGCGCAGACACUGAGCCUGCCAAGGAGGAGAAGGUGGAAGAGAGUGCUGAGAAAAGUCCUGACGAGGGGACGGUGACAACGGAGGGAGAGGGAGCAGAGGAGCAGAAGAAGGAGCAGGAAGGAGAGGUGGAAGGUGAAGAAGAGGGAGGAGGAGGAGGCCAGACCUCUAUUUUCCAGUCUCCUCUUCGUCUGGUGAGGAAGAACAAGAUGAAGCUGGUGGUGUGCCACGUGAAUCUCCUGGACGGGACUGACUUUUCCUGCGAGGUCGAGAAACGCGCUAAGGGCCAAUACCUGUUCUUUAAGGUGUGUGAGCACCUGAAUCUAAUGGAGAAAGACUACUUCGGGCUCACAUACAUCGACAACCAUGAACAGAAGUGCUGGUUGGAUCCGACCAAGGAAAUCAAGAGACAGAUACGCAGCAACAACUGGCAGUUUGCAUUCAAUGUCAAGUUCUACCCUCCCGACCCCUCACUGCUCACUGAAGACAUUACCAGGUACCUGUUGUGUCUGCAGCUCCGUGAAGAUGUGGCUUCUGGACGACUGCCCUGCUCGUUUGUCACUCACGCUCUGCUGGGCUCGUACACGCUGCAGGCAGAAUUGGGUGACUACGAACCCGACCAGCCUCGGCCUUUGGACAGCGUCAGUCAGCUGACCUUUGCGCCCAAUCAAAACAAAGAGAUGGAGGAGAAGAUUCUUGAACUCCACAAAUCUCACAGGGGGAUGACACCAGCGCAGGCCGACGCCCAGUUUCUAGAAAAUGCUAAGAAACUAUCGAUGUACGGCGUGGACCUGCAUCAUGCUAAGGACUCUGAGGGUGUGGACAUCAUGCUCGGUGUGUGCGCCAACGGACUCCUGGUUUACAAAGACAGGCUGCGGAUAAAUCGUUUCGCCUGGCCCAAAAUACUCAAGAUUUCUUACAAGAGGAACAACUUCUACAUUAAGAUCAGGCCAGGAGAGACGGAGCAGUUUGAGAGCACGGUGGGAUUCAAACUCCAGAAUCAUCGAUCUGCCAAAAGGCUGUGGAAAGUCUGUGUGGAGAAUCACAGUUUCUUCAGGUUAAAUGCACCAGAACCUCCCACUAAAGCUCGCUUCUUGACUCUGGGCUCCAAGUUCCGUUACAGCGGGCGAACUCAGGCCCAGACCCGCCUGGCCAGCUCCCUCAUAGACCGACCUGCACCCAGCUUCGAACGCACCUCAUCCAAACGUAUCAGCCGCAGUCUGGAUGGAGCACCAGUGAUCAGCAUAACUGAAGCCACAUCUGAGAACGGACGUGAGCCCCACCUGGAGCUCCACUCUGACUCUAAGGAGAGUGUGCCGCAAACGGAAGCAGCUGCUGCCGAUAACACGAUCUCUGAUACCAAAGAACCUGCAAAGACAACCGAAGUCGAAAUCGAAGAAACUGUUGUCGUCCAAGAGGUUUCCAUAGCACCCAAACCCGGACUUGUCACAGUUACAGCCAGUGCCCCUGCGGAACAGGAAACAAGAAAGCAGGAAGUGACAGUUGUGGAGGAAGUAGUGGUAGCGGAGGACGCAAAAGCGGCGAAACAGGAGAGCAUUUCAUCCGAGAGCGAGAGUGAGGAGGAAGCAGAGUACCACCCAAAUGUGUCUGUGUCUAUCUGCCACACAAAAAUACCAGAGGAGAAGGAAGAGGAGGAGGAGCAGGAGGAGAAAGAGGAGAAUAAGACGGCAGAACUGGACACAUCGGCUCCGGACGCUCCUUCUCUUCCAGCAGAACCUGUAGAGGCGACCAGUCGAGUGGAAGAGGAGGCCGAGAAGAAGAACGCGGAGGAGAAGACAGAAGCUGAGAAAGAGAUCAACGACAGCACAGAUGACCCAAUGAUAACACCCGAGGAAGCUCCUAAUGGUCACACCCUGCCUGAGGAGGGCGUCACCGGGACGGUCGUCCCCGCAGAGGAAGAGGAAGAGCCUAAAAUGAACGGAGAAGCCUCUCUGGUUGAAGCAGAGCCACGGCCGCAGGUUAUAUGUUGCUCUGAGCCACCUGUGGUAAAGACAGAAAUGGUGACUAUAUCAGACACGUUUGCAGCCCAGAAAACUGAGAUAGCAACAAAAGAAGUGCCCAUCGUACAUACGGAAACCAAGACCAUCACAUACGAAGCUGCACAGUUGGAUGGUAACGGCGACGGCGAGCCUGGAGUGCUGAUGACUGCUCAGACAAUCACCUCUGAAUCUCUGUGUACUACCACAACCACACACAUUACCAAGACGUUAAAAGGCGGCCUAUCAGAGACGAGGAUCGAGAAACGCAUCGUCAUCACUGGCGACUGUGACAUCGACCACGACCAGGCACUGGCCCAGGCCAUUAAGGAGGCCAAAGAGCAACAUCCUGACAUGUCUGUUACCAGAGUGGUGGUUCAUAAAGAAACUGAACUGGCUGAGGAGGAGGAUUGACUGAACUCAGAGCUGAAGGGCCCAUCGUGACUGUUUUCUCUGUUGAACGACCUCCAUCACCCCACGAAAACCAACCUUGACUGACUGAAGAGGAGAAGAGCUGAAAAACAGGGAGACGGACGGAGAGAAGUUGCCAAUCUCUUCCCAGUCAGUUUUUUUUUCUUACAUGUCCGUGGUGCAUCUAAAUCCCUCACUCCAAAACCAAGAAAAAGAAAAACAACAUCCUCGCUCUUUCCGAGGGAAACAAAAAAGAACCACUUUGUUAGCUUAACAUUUGUAGCGUGUUUUUAUUUUUUUAAUAGUGCUUUUUUUUCUUUUAACUGUUUUACAAAAAGAGAGAUAGUGUCUGUUCAUGUAUCGCAAACCUAAAAGCUGCAGGGAUGCACUAAUAACUAAUCCUGAUGAAAUGCAAAGCUAAAAAAAAAAUUAAUUGUACCGAUUAUUUCACCAGUAACAGUGACCUUAAGUAACCCAUUCACUCACAAAAAUCAAAGAAAAUGUUAUAGAUAAAAAGAAGGUGAUUUUAAGAUGGAGAACUCUUUUUAUUAUUAUUUCGUCAAAAAAGAAUAAAUUUCACACUGAUGUUUUGUACUUUCAUCAGCAGUGGUUAAGUGGAAUUGGUGCAUUCCUUAAAAAAAAAUUAAAAAAAAAUAAAAAGUGAUUUGUUAAAUUACAGCUCCCUCACUCACUGUAUUAUGGAGUAACAUAAAAUAAUACAGUAAUGUUCACAUUUUUUACAGUAAUAAGUAGGACAGCAGUAAACAGGGAAAUGCAACUUUUUUUUCUGUUUUCAAAGUGUAAAAAUCAAACAGUCUCACUCAUUAUAACACGUUCACACUCAGAUGAAUUAUAGUCAUAUCACAUUAUCACAUUUUUAUCAUGAAACAGUAACAGAAAAUAGGGAGCUGUAACUUAAAAUAUUGCAGUAAAAAAACAACAAUCAACCAGGUUUUUGAAUUUUUAUGAUUCUGUCUUUUUUUUCUGUAAGUAUAGUUAUUAUUCAUCCACAUUCCUCGUGUGUUGACUGGCAGGUGAGUGAGUUCAUUUUCAGUUCAGUUCACCUUUUGCUCCACUUUGAGCAGAAAAGACGUUUCACUAUUUAAAGUAGGUGGGAAUUGAAGGAAUCUUAAAUUGGGCCACUUAAAUUAAGCAUGAGAGGCAAAACAACGCAGCUUGAAGUUAUUCUUGUAAUAUUUUGUAACUUUUUCUGUAUUUUAGAAUUCACUUUUACUAAAGGGACUGAAAAUGAACUGACUUUAAAGCUGGUGUAUACAACUUUCUGUACAGUAAAGAUGAAGGUUAUUAGAUGGGAGCAGUAAUGCAGCUUUUCAGUAUAGCUAAACGCUCUCCCUGGGCCCGCCCACUGUACGACUCUAGCCAUUCCUAUUGGGCCGCAGGGAAGCAAGGGAGCAGUAAACGGACUUUUGAUUGGGAGAGAGGACCAGUGAACCGAAGGAUAAUUGGGAGAUAGAGGUGGCGCUGUGUAGUGCCAACUAACUACAUGGGAGUGAAAAAAAGAAUUUGAUGCAUGUUGGCCUUAUGGCAAGUUUAUGUUAUUUUGCAUCCUGCAGUGAGUUAAAGCUAUUUUAAUAUUUUUAGGACCAUGCUUAAAGGGCAAGUUUAGUUUUUUUUUCAACCUGGACUCUAUUUUCCCAUGUUUUUGUGUCUAAGUGACUUAUGGGAACAACAGUUUCUGACCUUGGUCGGGCGUUGAAUGAGAGCGCUGCAGCCACAAAACAGGCUGCAAUGGGGCCAUUGUGCACUAUCAAGGUAUGCCCACUAAAAAGGCUUGUUUUUGCCACUGACAGGCUCACGUUGUUAUUUUAAUUGUCUUAAAAUUUAUGGAAAGGUUUCCUACAGAGAUAGAGUAAGAUCUUUUUUUGUUUAACUAGAAAUGGCUUCAAAAUUGCCAUCACCAACUCUACCGGACUCCCUUUAGAAAGUCAUUUUAGUGUGUACAGAGCAAGCUCCGUUACACAUCUAACCGGGUUUAUUAAGGGUUAAUUUCAACCAAACCAGAGUUAGUGAUUGUUGGAACAGAGAAAAGACAAACUACGAUGUUUUUUGAGUAUUAUUUUGUGUCUGUCGACUUUGAAUAAAGUGUCUUUCACAGUAAUAAAACGAGUGUUCUUUUUAAUGGAGUCUGGUGGUUUUGGCGACAGCAGUUUCAGGGCUGUUUCUGUUAAAUUUUAAGAUCCUUUUUGUUUAACCAGAAAGGCCUAUCUCUGUUGGAAUCCUUUCCAUAAUGUUUUCAGACUCUUACGAUAACAAUCCGAGCCUGUCAGUCGCAAAAAAGGACCUGCAGUGGAUGUACAUCGACGGAGCAUGUUCCCAUUAGUCACUUUGACACAAAAACGUGAAAAUAUGGUACAUAUUGAAAAUAACUAAAUUUACCCUUUAAUGCACAAUCUGCAAUUUACGUACAGGUACCAAAAUGAGGACAUGCAGAUGGAACAACUUGAAAAACAGUCCCAAAUUCAUAAUAAUUGAAUUUAUACCAGUUUGCUAACUCUGCAUCAGAGCCUGUUUUUCGUCAUAGUUCAGCACUUAUUUUCACUCCCAGCUUCUUUUUUAAUACCAGAGUAGAUGAUGAGAAAAAACCCUGCUGGAUAAAAUGAGAUCUGGGAAAUAAAUUCAGCAUGUCUUCACACAUUUUAUUUUUUUUUAUCUUGCAAGAGUAUCUUGAGCGAGUCUAGAUAGAAGGCUACUGUGUUGAUUGGUUUGAGAGUGUGUAGAUUAACAGAUGAUUUCGGCUCAUACAGUACGUCUAGAUAAGAUUAUCUUUGACCUGAUGCUGGAUGUGUUGUAACUGAUUCACCGCAACCAAACACUCCUCAGCGUUUCAAAAUUACAUUCACAAUAUUAUACCAGACGAAAGCAUGGCACUGAACCUGCCAGUACACGAAAAACAGACAGAAAUGGUUACAACACAACAGCAAAGCGCAGCUUAAAGGGAAGCGUAUCUGAGGGUUUGAAGUGCUCUUGAAACCCCCUAAAUGGAAUCUUGUGAUGUUUUAUCCUUUUCGGUGUCCUUUUACCCAAAUGUUCCACAAAAAUGUGACUUUGUAUAAAUAGUGGUGGCAUUAAAUGGGUCAGAGGAGGAACGCAUUUAAUUAACACAGAUUUUCAGUGUGAGCUGCGAAAAACAAAAACACAUUCUACUGAAAUUUAACAGUUUUAAGGAGAAAAAAAGUGCCACAGAAAUAUGAAACAUUCCACUUGUACCUGCAUAGAUUUGUGCUAACCCUCCUGUCUGAAUUGGAGUAAUUUCUCUUUUUUUUUUAAUGAAGAAAUAUUGACACACAUUUGAAAUAGUAUGUAUGAUUUAAUUCAACCCCAGUUCAGAACUUAUUUCUGGGCUGAGGCACGAUCAGAAAAUGGAGUGGUAAUGACGUCUAGGCUCUCUAUUGGGAAACACUGGUUUGACCUCUACUAUGCAGUUAAAUGACAUUCCAGAUGAGGGGGAAGCUUUAACCUCUAAUCACACAUCAGAAAAAACAUUUAAAAAAAUGAAAACCGUGCGAAACUUGGCAGCUUUGGAAGCUUUCGCUGUUCCAAAAACAACUUUAAAAAAAAAGCAUCGGUUGUGUCACGAUUUGUAGAUUUUCUCAUCAUUUGUCGUCUUUUCUCUGUGAUCUAGUUGUCGAAAGGUGGGAUUUAUUGUGCGCCCUCUUGGAUAUUUUUAAUAUUGUCACAGUGUAUUUUGACAUUGAAGACACCACUAUGAGUCAAAAAAAAAUUUGCCACCAUUUCUUUUUUGUACUUUUAGCCCCUUCUCUUUUUUGGGGGGAUGGGUCUGUUUUAACCAAUCACAGGAGCUUUGGGGCGCUGGGAGGUCUGCUUUUCCAAAAAUCUUGGCACCGCUGAAUUUUAUCUGAGGUCAAUAAAAAUACUAGCACAAAUAAACAUCUUGCCAUUAGCAACUUUUAUUAGAAUUAAAAAAAAAAAAAAAAGUACAGAUGGAAUGUUGGAAGUUCUGUUACCGUGGCAACCCUCAAUAGAAUGUUUCAACAAGAGCAUUCUAAAUGGUUCUGUUUGUGUUUCCUGUUGUAAUGUUUAUUAAUGCAGUAGCUGACAGGAAGUACACAGGGACCAAAAUGGUUGCCGUAGCAACAGAAUAGCAAUGAAACGCUCUGUAAUCAAUUGAUUGUGAUUCUACGCCAGCUGAUUUUAAAACAGUCAGGGAUCUUAACAUGGUAACGUUAUAGAGGGCAAUGUCAUGUGGAAAAACUAACAAUAUACUGCCAUCAGACCUUAGAAUAAUUGGCCUACGUUUUUAACAGUUACAUCUUAGGCUUUUUACCACAGAUGAGACAUUGGUAAAUCAUACCAGCACCGUUUUGUAUUUAAACUCCCAACAAAAAGUUGUGUGAUUUUUUGGGAAAACCACCCACAGCUGCCUCAUCGUUCCCUCUUUAGCCAACCAAUGAUCACCGGUAGGGUUUUUCUAUCUAGCGGCUUAAUUGUCUUGUGUCUCUCUCCACACACAGCCACUCCUCCCCUGUGUAACACUGUUUAAAUAAAGGAUUGUUAUACUCUGAAA